CACAUUGCCGUGUAAAGCAAAGGUAGUAGAAUAUAGAGUGCACAACAAGAGAAAAUUGUUUGAUUUUCAUUGGAGGAGACACGUAUGCAGCCCAACACAUAAACACGCACUACACUCGCGGCUUCUAUUAGCUACGUUGCCGCUUCUAUUCUUAUCGUGCGCCCUCCGCCGGUAUAGAUUCUCUUCCACCUUCUCCGAUCCGAUCGGAGAAACCCUAGUUCUCACCGGUUCUGUCACUCUCACUCCACUUCACAUCCCAAUCCCAAUCCCAAUUUCGAAUUCAGAUUUCACUGAGCUCUGAUGAUCGUAACAUGACCUGCAAAUCGUAGAAGAAGAGAGGGAAUUUCAGCCUGUGACGAAGAAGAAGAAGAUGCAGAGACGAAGUCCUCCCAAGCACAGGCACGAUGGGACUUCGCCGCUGCCUCUCGGCAUGGAUUGGAGUCCUGCACCCAGAAAAUGGGAUGGGCGGGAUACAAUAUGGCCCCAUGAUCAUCGUAGUGGUUGGAGUUAUUGUGUUAUCGUACCUUCGUGGGUCUUCGUUCCAAAGUCGAAGAAUUCAGAUCCCAUAGUGUUCUACAGGGUUCAAGUUGGAGUACAGUCACCAGAAGGGACUACAAGGCUCCAUGGAGUACUAAGAAGGUUCAAUGAUUUUCUAAGGUUGUUUGCUGAUGUUAAAAAGGAAUUUCCCAGGAAAAGUAUCCCUCCAGCACCACCCAAGGGACUGUUGCGAUUGAAAAGCCGAGCCUUGCUGGAAGAGAGAAGGCGCUCUUUGGAGGAAUGGAUCACCAAACUAUUGUCUGACAUUGAUAUAUCAAGAUGUGCUGCAGUGGCAUCAUUUUUUGAGCUAGAAGCUGCUGCAAGAUCUUCAUUCCAAGAUGCAAGCCAGCAGAAUUCAGAAACAGAACCUGAUGCCAAUAACAGAGCUUAUUCAAUGCAAUCACCUCUCCAUUCGAGCUUAUCAUUAGCUGCUGGCAGUUCAUCUGUUGCCUCAGAUUGUUGCAGUGAUACCGCAUAUGAGCCAUCUGAAACAGGAACUUCGAGAAUUGGACAGGACGAUAAUUCCGAAGUCGGUACAGAUGAUCUAACAAUGGAUGAAGAUAUGGUGAAUCCAAUAGAAAAGCUUGUGAAAUAUGGCAUAUCAAAUAUUGAUGAGGGUUUGUUUAUGGGCCAGACUAUUCUAGAGCAAUUGGAAGGCCUUCCUAGGCAUAAAAUAAAUGCCAGACACAUGAACUCUGUUACUGAGAAGGGAAAAAAUAAUGGUAAUUCAUAUGAUUCUUCACAUUUACCUAAUAAUACGAUGGAGCUUUUCUCUGAGCCUGGGCAUGCUAGUGUUAUUGGUCAUAUUCGUAAGCUUUCAAAUGAGAGUGCUGGAAGUGAUGGAAGCUCCAUACGAGGUAGUGGCAUGACUAAUUUUGGGAUUCCAAAUUCAUCUGGUGAUAGCUCUCUUGAUCUUCCUGGAUAUGCUUCAGUUUCAAGAGAAACAGAUAUAAUGGACCCCACAAAGUUGAAGUCUACUGGUGAUGCUCAGUUAGUCCUUCCACAAGAUCAACGCAAUAAAUUAAACAGGGUUCUUUCAACCAUGCAGAGAAGGCUAGUCACUGCAAAAACUGAUAUGGAGGACCUUAUAGUUAGAUUAAAUCAAGAAAUGGCUGCAAAGGAUUUUCUUGCUACGAAGGUCAAGGAUUUGGAAGUUGAACUUGAAACUAGCAAACAGAAAAAUAAGGAAAACUUGCAGCAGGCUAUUCUGAUUGAGAGGGAAAGGUUUACCCAAAUGCAGUGGGAUAUGGAGGAACUUCGACGAAAAUCAUUGGAAAUGGAGAUGAAACUAAAGUCUGAAUCGGUUGGAAAUUCUAGUCAAGAUGAUGUGCUGAUGCAGAAUUUAGAUGCUGCUAAGAAGCAGCUGGAGAGUUUGUCAAAACAGUAUGGAGAGCUAGAAGCGAAAUCCAAAGCAGAUGUAAAAGUUCUGGUUAAAGAGGUCAAAUCUCUCCGUAAGUCCCAAACAGAAUUGAAGAAGGAACUUGGUGGGUCGAUAAAGGAUAAGUGUGAAGCUGAGAAACUACUACUUCACGAAAGAGAGAAGCGGGAACAGGCAGAAGCUGGUUGGAGAGAACUGACAGAGAAAUGCAAGCUUCUUUUUAGCCAGCUUCAAGAAUGCAAUGUCAGUCUUCCUUAUGAUGACGAAGAUAGGAAAAUCAUGAACCCAUCAUCAUUACAUGAUGCUUCUAAUCGAUUAACAACAGCUGAUGAUCAAAUUGACAUCCUACUAGCAGAGGUAGAAAAUUUAGAGAAGGAUUGCGGAAGUGCAGCUUCCUAUGUAGAUAAAAGCAAUGGCAUAAAAGAUGGUGUAAUCUGUGAUGAUGAAAUGAGAAAGAUCAUAGCAGAUUUGUUCAUCGAUAACGUUAGAUUGAGAAAACAGACAAACCGCAUUACAAGGCAUGCUCUCAAAUUGGAAACAGCAGCAAGUGAUGAUACUCCUUCAAUGGAAACUGUAACAAAUAUAUAGAAAUUUAUGUGAAGUGGUAAAUAUUUAUGUUGUUCUUCCACUUUUGAGGACUGUUUCUCAUCCUGGCGGAUGAUCAUUUCAUUUGCUUUUCCUAAUCGGUGAGUUAAUGUUAUAGCUCUAGCUCUCCUAAUGUAUUUCCACCUGUAUGAGUUUUUAUUUUGCAUACAUAUACAACAAGCACUAACAUUGCACCACAUUCUUUGUGAACUUCUAAAAUAAUGAAAAGCUGAAAAAACUCAUCUAAUGUAAAAUUACGUUUGCUCUUGCCU